AUGGAGUUAGAAAACCCCUUUAAUGUGGAAGAAAAUAUGAAGAAGAGAGUUACUAAAGUAGACUCUAAUAUUAUACCUAGAAAGAGAUCAUACUUAAGUGAAACAGGAUGGACUAUUUUUGUUUUGAGCGAUUUACUCAAUACUAAUGAAGUUUACUAUGUGUCUUUUGCAGCAGGAAACCAAUUUAAAUAUUUUAGGUCUUUAAAUAGAAGACUUUAUAAUGGUUCUGAUGUGUUUUGUAGUGAAAAUACAAUCAAUAAUAGUCUCCAUUUAUCAUACAUUACAGUUUCAACAGCCAGAGUUAUAUUUCAAAGUGAAAUCCACAAUUUGUAUCGCCAUUUAAACUCUGAUAAUUUGAUACAUGUCUUACAAUCAUUGGAUUACUUGGGAUAUUUACCAAUGAUUGGAAUUGAUAAGACGGACUUGCAAUACUUAGAAGAUGAUACUAUUCAAGAAGAGUAUGAUGUAGACCAAUUUUGGUCCUUACUAGCUAGAAAGUUAAGCUGUAGUGAUUGGUUUAAUUGUGAGACAUCUAGCAAUAGUAAACAGUUGCGUUUGGAACUCUUAAGGCUUUGUCCAAGAAUUCAGAAUGGUUACAAGAUACUGUUUGAAUUAGCUCAAUAUAAGCUGAUGGAAGAUGUUAUUUUAACUAAGGAAGGAGGAUAUAUCUUGCGAGAAUUAUUUCAACAUCAUAGUGAAUUGUAUAGUAUUAAGAUUGCAAAUACAAUAUGUGAAUAUAUAGGGACACAGUGGUCUCCUUCAGAAGCUAGAAUUGAAGAUUUCAUUAUGGGAGUAACUGGUGAAAAUAAUAUCUUUGAUUCUUUAGCAAAUAUAUGGCAACCCACAUUAUGGCACAUAAAUGAAAGAAAAGUUAUUCAUCAAUUCGCUCAAGAUUCUCCACAUACAAUUAGUGGAGAAACUAACUCAUACCCAAUAGAUGUUGAAUUAUAUGCUGAUCAAGAUAGUGAAGGCUCUACUACUACUGUAAACUUCACAAUGGAAACAGCUCCACCUAGUCCAGAUGCUCCUCUAGUUAGUAUAACAUCUUUAGGUAUUUUUGCAUAUCCAAAGAUUCGUUGCACAGGAUUAUUUUGUUGUUUUGCUGCUAGAGCUAAAUUUUAUUAUCAAAAUGUAUUUUUAGGAGAAGCUACUUUUGAUCUGUCAUCUGAUGGAAUUAAGGCCUUUUGUCCAGUGAUGUCUGGGGGUCCAAAUAAGACUGGAUUAUUAGUUACAUGUAGAAUUGAUGAAUAUAUAAAUAAGAACCGCGAUCAGCUUAAAGUGUUGCUUAAUCAAGAGCAUUUGGAUGGAUCAAAUUCCAGUGAAACUUUAAGAGUAUUGCAAUCCUCUUUAUUUUACCAUUCUAGUAUAGAUCAUAUAUCGGUUAAUGAUCUGCAAGUAGAUGUAAAAAUUCGUUUUUUUCCUUUAAGAACACUUAGUUUGUAUCUUCUAUACAAACGGAGUCUGGCAAAUGACAUUCAAUUUGUAACAAGUUUUGCCUUCUCAUUACAGCAAGAUGUUGCAGAAUGGCUUGGUACAUAUCUCACAAAUCUAUGGAUUCAAAUAUCAAAACAAAAAGAUCGUCUAUUUUUGGAAAGUAGAAGUGAAGUUGUGGAUUGUAAAAAUCUCUCCAAUUUUCAAUAUAAGAAUCCUCAACACUCUUCAGCUUCGUGCUCUUCUACAACUAUUUCUUCAUCUCAUUCAGGAUCUAUUGAUAUACUUUCUUAUGGUACUAAUUUAAGGAAUCAUCAGGAUUUCUCUCCAGAAAUGAGGAAUGCUUUACUGAGAGAAGUGAAAAAUUCUCCUAAGAGGCUUUAUUCUGCUUCUAUAAAUGAUGAAAAUGGUACUAAUACAUGCUUUAUAGAUCCAAUAGUAACUGGAAUUUCACCAUUUCCACUAAUCUCUGCAUGGUUCAAAGGGGUAGGUCGUCCUAGUGACACUUGGUGUAUCCACAACAUUCUUUCUGAACUCUUAUGUGACGAACUUAUAGCAAAACAUUUUACCGAUAUACUGAGCUUAAUUCAAACUUGUGACAAUUGGAUUGACGCUGAAUCACUUGCAAAUCUGAGAGAUAGAUUUAUCCAGUUUAUUAAUAAUAACAAACUACAGUCAAUUGGAGGUCUUUUAUUUGAUUGGAUUCGUCACAUCCCAAAAAAAUAA